AUGGCGUCCAAUCACUUUCAUUUCGCCUAUAUUCGGAUAAUUAUGUCCGCUUUCAACAAAGAUAAGGAGAAAUGGUGGCGACGACUCGCUCUUUCUUUUGUUUUUUUUUCCUCUUCCUUUCUCCUCACUUCUCCACCUCUUCACUUCUCCACCUUCUUACCUCUCCGCUUCUUCACUUCUCCACCUCUCCGCUUCUUCACUUCUCCACCUCUCCGCUUCUUCACUUCUCCACCUCUCCGCUUCUUCACUUCUCCACCUCUCCGCUUCUUCACUUCUCCACCUCUCCGCUUCUUCACUUCUCCACCUCUCCGCUUCUUCACUUCUCCACCUCUCCGCUUCUUCACUUCUCCACCUCUCCGCUUCUUCACUUCUCCACCUCUCCGCUUCUUCACUUCUCCACCUCUCCGCUUCUUCACUUCUCCACCUCUCCGCUUCUUCACUUCUCCACCUCUCCGCUUCUUCACUUCUCCACCUCUCCGCUUCUUCACUUCUCCACCUCUCCGCUUCUUCACUUCUCCACCUCUCCGCUUCUUCACUUCUCCACCUCUCCGCUUCUUCACUUCUCCACCUCUUUAUCUUUCCACCUCUCCACCUCCCCACCUCUUGAAAAGUAAGUCUCGAUCGCAGUCCUUUGCCAAAUACAUUCACACACAAGCACGCACGCACACACUUUUUCCGUCUCUCCCUGUGACUCUUUAUGUCAUCCCUAACUCUCGCUCAACUACGACCGUUGCCUUCUCUUGCCGUCACUACUUUAUACUAACCUACAUACUUUUUGUCUCCAUACUAUACCAAAGGCAAAAUAGCCCCCAAGAGCGGUAA